AUGACAGUAGGUAUUGCUAGGAAACUCUCUAGGGACAAGCCACAUAGGGAUGCGCUGCUAAAAAACCUUGCGUGCCAGUUGUUUCAGCACGAAUCCAUUGUGUCAACGCAUGCCAAAUGUAAAGAAGCUUCCAGGGUUGCAGAACGGAUCAUUACGUGGACGAAGAGGGCAGUAACGACAAGUAGUAGCGUGUCGCAAGCGGAGUUAAGGUCACAAAUCCAGAGUCAAUUGUUCUUAGCAGGAGACAACAAAAAGUUGAUGAAGCGGUUAUUCAACGAGAUCGCACCGCGGUACAUGGAAAGGCCCGGUGGGUACACACGUGUGCUGCGGUUAGAGCCUAGGGCCAACGACUCAGCGCCGCAAUCUAUCUUGGAACUAGUCGAUUCUCCUGUGAUAUCCGAAUCGCACGCGGUAAACAGGGGCAAUUUGAAGAUGUGGCUGUUAAUCAAAACAGUCAUCAACGAUGACGCCAACGGCCUACCUCACAACCCGCUUACAUUACAGAAUCUGCACAAAUUGGCGAAGUUUAAGCCAGAAGCGCAGUUGCACGGUGAAAUCACGCUCAUCAAGCAGAUCUUACUCAAGGAAAUGUCCAUGCCCUAUGAUGAAGCACUUGAAAACGAAAAGACACAGGCACUUUUGAAAGAGGUCAACUCUUCAUCAUUGCCAAAGAAGAUGAGAAAACCCUCCUCUUAUGUCAUGGUUUCCAGACCUUAA